AACACCGCUGCAGACGUUGGCGGAGUUUAAAGUGUCAACAAACUUAAGGACAAGUUUGCGCCCUGUCUACACACGCCCCGACUGGAUUGUUUAAACUAGUUUUUCUACAUUAAAUGUGAGCCAACUUGGAAUUUCAGAAGAGACAGAGAUAUGUUGAAUGUUGGAGGAGUAAGUACAGCAGAGGACAUACAUGGAAACCUGCGUUAUGUCAGCGCUGGACAGACCCGCGACGGACCUGACGGUCAUGGAUGUGUACGACAUCGCGGCGGUGCUCGCACAGGAGUUUGAGCGGAUCAUCGACAGGUUUGGCUGCGAGUCUCUUGUCGGGCUGGUGCCCAAAGUGGUGCGCGUCCUGGAGCUGCUGGAGACGAUGGUGAGCCGUGGGGCCGCGGGACAGGAGGCCGAGGAGCUGCGGAGGGAGCUGGACAGACUGCGACAGGAGCGGAGCGACAGAUAUGAACAGGAGAGGAAGCACCAGAAGGAGUUGGAGCUGGUGGAGGAUGUGUGGAGAGGGGAAGUCCAGGAUCUACUAUCCCAAAUCACUCAGCUUCAGGCAGAGAACAAGAAGCUGUUAGUGAGCCUCACCCUUAAAGAGUCUCCAGUCACUGAGGAGGACCUGGAGAAACAGGAGGGGAUGUCCGAGAGGGAAAGGCAGGUGAUGAAGAAGUUGCAAGUCUUGGUGGAUAAGCAGAGGGAUGAAAUCCGGGCUAAAGACCAUGAACUGACACUAAGAAACGAGGAUGUUGAGGCGCUCCAGAUGCAGCAGCAUCGGCUGAUAAGGAUAAACCAGGAUCUUCGACACAGGAUAGGAGUGAUGGAGGGUCAGGGCAAAGUACUGAUCCAGCAGCGGGCUGAGCUAGAGGCCGCAGCUCAGGCACGGCAGCAGGAGCUGGGGUCUCUUCAGCUGGAGGUGACGAGGCUGAGAAAAGAGCUCCAAGAGUGGGAACUGGAGAGAGAGGUUGCUGAGAUUGAAGAGAACUUUCCAUCAAGAUCUGGGAUGUCAUCACUUAUAUCUCCACAUAUGACGCCCCCUGCAGCAGCAGCACCACCAUCUAACUCCAUCAGGCCAAAUUCAGUGUGGGUGGAGUGUGGAGGGGACCCCGGCUUCUUGGUGAACUGCUGUGAGCCCGACAAGAGUGCCUCCUUUUCCUUAAGGUCAACAAACAGAGAAUAUAAUGAAGAAGAGGGCAGCCAAGCUGAGGACACACCAGCAUUGUUACUGAAGGCGUCAUCUGAUAAGGAGGAGGAGGAGGAGGAGACAGACAGCCUGGAGCAGGAUUCAGACCGACCUCGCUUCACCCUGCAGGAGCUGCGAGAUGUGCUGCAGGAGAGAAAUGAGCUCAAGGCCCAACUGUUCCUGUUGCAAGAGGAGCUGGCGUAUUACAAAAGUGAGGAGUUUGAGGAAGACAUCAGCUCCAUAGUUUGUGCUCCAUCUCCUCCACCAUACUCUGCUUCAAACGAUCAGCCUGAAUCAGGAAUUAGGCGCUUGAUCUUCACUGCGAUAAUGCCGAUGGUGGCAGCUGGUUUGAUUUCAGAUGAUCCCACGUUGUUGCCAAUCAGAAGACUUGUUUCCCUUGUAUGACCUUAUAUUUAAAUUGCGAUUGCUUUUAUGUUUUUUCCACACCUGUCAAUUUCAAUUUGUUUCUUUUAACACAAUGUACUAAUAGUAUCUACACGAACUGGAGUAAUGAAUGCAUUACUUGGUUAUUUUACCCCAAAACUGGAUGAUAUUUAUUCAUUUAAACACAGUUUGUUCAUUACUUGACUUUUAAUAUACAUUUUUGCAAGCAUUUUAACUAAUUUGGUAAGCACUUUAAAGCUCUUAAUGGUUGAAAUAUGGGACAUCUAUCCAUACCUGCACAGUCUUAUUUGUACUUAUGACCUCUCAGGUACUUGUGGCACCUGUUACUGUGUCCCCUUACAUAUCAAUACAAAAACUGGAAUUCUUUGUUUCUUAUUUUGCACAUGCUGUUGUAAUGUCAACCUAACUUAAAAUUCAUCAUACACACUACAUUACUAGAAGAGAAAUAACACCACACACUACAAAGUACAUUUGCUUGUCAGUAUGCCAAGAGAGGCCUGUAAUAUUGAGUAUGAAUUUAUUCUUCAGGUUAGCUUAGUCUUCAAGUUCCUUAGCUUAGUCUGUCAAAAACAAUGUCAUGUCUCAGAAAUGGGUCCAGACUCAUAAAAGGUGAUGUUUUAAAUGUAUCUGAUGGUAAAUUAUUGUUAUGGUCCUGUUUCAAGAUGCAGUGAAUGAGCUGGAUAAUCAUCUGCCACUGUUUUCCAUGAAGAGCAUGUACGAGAUAAUGUGUUUAAUGUGAGCACGAAGUGGGACGACUUUGUCGAACUGAUGAAAAGAUGAUGUUAUGGUAUACUUUCAGCUCUACAGUCUGGCACCACACCAAGAAAUCUAUUCCAACAAUAAUGAGUGUUGUAUAAACAUGCCGUAAUUACUAAUAUGUGCUAAGCUGCAUCUGUAAUUAUUGUUAAUUGAGAAUAAAGCAUUCUUUUAUUUUUCA